GGGAAAAACCACACAACUUUGUGAGAUUGCUGUACUUAGAAAGCUAUUGUUCGCAGGAUUGCAGCGUUGUAGAUACCAUUUGGAUGAAAUUUGAUGGUGUAAAUGCUUAGCGGGAUAUGGUAUCAUUAUAUUUUAUCACAACAGUAACGGUUAUAAUAUUGUGGUACUGAUCAGCUCAUGUAUGUUAAAUUUUCCUGAACUUUCGACUUCGUAGACACGGUUCUAGGCCUAUAAUAUAUAUAUAAAAAAUAUCCAGAUCGAAGUGAAUUAACCGGUUAUCAGAUGAUUAUAAAUCUUGAAGACGUUUGUACUGCAGACUAUUUGGAAAAUAAUUGAGGGUAACCACAAGUUGUGACCAUCAUCAUGAAAUGCCAGGAAUGUGGAGAGAUCAAAUUAUCCAAAGAGUUUCCAGCUGCCAAAUUAGUUGAAACCUGCGAUCACCCAUCUCUGCACUGCUUGAGAUGUGUCACGUCACACUGGGAACAGACCAAACAAUGCUCACAAUGCCAUACUCCCAUCGCUCGUACAUCGCUGAAUCUGAGAAAGUGUUUCCACACUCUGGAGGUUUUAUUCCCAGAAAUUCAUCCAGAUCAGUCAACCAACGAUGAUGACUUUGCAUCUUCUCCAGGAGCAGUUUCAGGCAAGAUGACAGUGAUCAGACUGAAUGGGGAAGCGGCUGAAAUUGAUUGCAAUCCACGCUUUACUAUCUAUAAGGUCAAGCAGCUUGUCUUUGAGUUCUUGAAGGUACCACCGGAGAAACAACGGCUUGUUUACAAUGGGAAGGAAUUGAAGGACAUCCAGUCAAACAACUCAGAAGCUACCCUAGCAACCUAUAACGUCAGGCCUGGUUCUACUAUCCAUCUUAUGGUUCUCUUGUACGCUGUACCGACCAGCCUUAACAAAGUAGUCUUCGACCUGUACUGGGGAUAUCCAGCAAGAGGUAGAGAUUAUCUAGAUGCUUCCGCGUUGAUGUUUUCCGGAUCAAGUUUCAUUGAAGUCGCAGACUAUCGUAUACUUAACAAGAUACAUUCAAUUCUUCAUUCUGGAGAUUUAAUGGAUGACUGUAACAUGUUAGGCCAUCACAUAAUAAACGUUGAAUUCCAUAGCAUACCAGCUCAUGUAACUAGCAUCUUCUUCACACUUAGUGCGUGGAACUCGCCUAAAAUAUCACAUUUUAAGACUCCAAGCCUGAAAUUUUACGAGCAAUCCAAUCCCAGCAAGAAGUUGUGUGAAGAUAAAAUAUCUAAAGCUGGACAUAGACAAGCCAUAGUUAUGUGUUCGUUGUCUAGAAGAGGCGGGCAGUGGUUUGUGGAUAGCAACGGUUCUCUUUCUGAUGGGAAUGCCAGAAACUACAGUAGUCUAAUUGUGACCAUACAAGGACUAAUUGCAAAAAUGGGUCAAUAGCGUAUGGGGUUCCUAGCUGCUGUUCAAGAGAUUUCCCAUAUGUUGGAUACUGGAGACUCAUACAUCCAACACACUAUGUAAAUUUUUGACAUGUUAAUGGUGUAGCUAAGUUUUUUUUUUGGGGUGGGGGUCCAGCUGGGUCCUGAAAUUGAAACGCAAUUUCAUUAUGUGGCCAUUGUGAACAACUAACUCGAAAAUUUGACUUUUUGAGUUAAGACCAGGGUCUGUGUACUUUGAAGGUGCUCUUGCUGCUUACACUAAUUUAAGACCCCACAAGGCUUCAUUUCUGAUAUUUCAUUGAGGUGCGUCAAAAACACAUGUAUUUUCUAUCAAACAGCAUAUGAAAACAAAGGUAUGACAUCA